GCAUAUCUAGAGGCAGUGGUUUAGUUAAAGAUAAACUUUUGUCUGAAAAAAAAAAUUAUGAUGGACGUUGAUAUCAUCUCAAGAGAAAUCAUCAAACCAUCUUCACCAGCAAUUCAUCAUAUAAAACCCUUCAAACUCUCUCUCUUGGACCAGAUCACUCCUACAACCUAUGCUUCACUUAUCCUCUUUUACCCCAAGAACCAUGUGCCCGUUUGGAUCCAGCGUUUUCCGCUGAAUCUUGAGCUGCGUUUUCUGAUUUUUUUUGUUCUAGCCGCACUAUUUGACCAAGUCAACCGUGAACAGUGCACUCGUGCAUUAUUCACGGACCCACAAAUUCCACUUUUCAGCAACUUUUUCAUUAAAAAUGGAUCCCACAACACUAUUCACACAUUUAAAAAUUAUUUUGCUACAGUGUUUUCAGUUUCAGUAAAAAUAAGCUCAAUCCAAAUGGACUCCAUAUUCAUUCCAAGAAUCCCCAAUCUCACCUAAAAAACUCACUCUCAAAAACCCUAAAUAGUUUCUACCCAUUUUCCGGAAGGAUGAAAGACAACCUCUUUAUUGAUUAUUACGACAAGGGCAUUCCUUAUAAUGAGGCCCGAGUCUAUUGUUGUCUGUCUGACUUUCUUCAACAUCCUAAAACGGAGUCUUUAAACCACUUUCUUCCUUGUUGUCCAUUUCUCAAAGAACCAAAACCAAUGGAAGUUGCCCCAUUAGCCGUACAAGUCAACGUAUUUGAUUGUGGUGGAAUAGCAAUCGGUUUUACCGCGUCACAUAAGUUCAUAGAUGGAACCACCAUGAGUGCUUUCCUCAAAAAUUGGGCAGCCACUGCAGGCGGGCCUAGUAACAAACUAGUAAAUCCUAAUUUUACCGAGGCAUCAUCAUUAUCACACUUUCCUCCACAAAAUAUAUUGCCUCAUAUUGCUAAACCUUUAGUGGAAAGGCUUUGGUUCAGCGAAGGCAAGUACAAGACAAGGAGAUUUGUGUUCGAUGCCAAGGCCAUAGGCAUAGCUACUCUAAGGGCAAAAGCAAGGAGUGAACGAGUGGAAAACCCAACUCGAAUCGAAUCACUGUCUAGUUUCAUUUAUAAACACGCUAGAGCUGCUUCUAGAUUAGCAUCUGGUUCUCCAAGGCCAUCUAUACUGGCCCAAGCGAUAAGCAUCCGCGGAAAAGCAAAGCCACGCUUGUCGGAUUCUUCUAUGGGUAAUAUCUUUUGGUGGGCAUUAGCAGCCUACGAUUAUAACUCAGCAGAGUUGACAGAGAUCGAGAUGCGUGGCUUGGUGGCAACCCUCAAAGAAGCUGUGUCAAAAAUUGACAGUGAUGUGAGAAUUCUGCAAGGUCACGAAGGUUUUAUAGGCUUGAUCGAGUACGCAAUCCAAAAAGCUGCAACGGUAGUAUUCUCCAGAGAAAACCCUGAAAUUUUUGCUUUCACCAGUUGGUUAACAUUUGGUUUCGACAAAGUCGAUUUUGGAUGGGGAAAACCCAUUUGGGUUGGGCUGAUGGGGGAAGUAGGCUCCGGUAGGAAACUCACUAUUCUCCAAAAUGCUAUCUAUGGCAAAGGAAUUGAAGCAUGGGUGACCUUAGAUGAAAACGUUAUGGCUAUAUUGGAGGACGAUGCUGAAUUCCUCGCCUUAGCUACUUUAAACCCAAGUGUGAUAAGCCAAUGAGGCUAUACUUUGAUAAUACCCAUCUCUGAUCUGUACUAGUAUCUAUAUUGUUGCGUAACUUAUGUAUUGAUGAUUGUAUUCCAAUCAAACUAAUAAAGCUAGUGAGCUAUACUAAAAGGAGGAUGGUUAUUAGAGUGUGUAA